AUGCUUAGUUCAUGCGUUGAUGAUGUAGUUUAUUAUCUUGAAUUGGCUGAACAUUUAUUCGCUGAACAAACAAAGUUUAAUAAGGACGCUGCAUUGGGAUUUCAAAGUAUGCUGCAUACACUUAUACGAUGCAAGGAUCGUCUUGCUCAGUUUGUCGAUGAGUUAUGGUGUCGAUGGAUUAUUCUAGAGUUGCCGUCAAAACAAAAAGAUGUGACACCAUUUUCUAAUAUCAAUAUCCCCUAUCCAUCAUCAAUUCAUGAACAGGUGGAAUCGAAUGAUUUUUUCAGUUUUUCAUUCAACGCUUGUCUACCGUCAGUAGAUCAAAUGGAAAAAGCACUGAAUAAUCCAAAUUCCCUAUUCGAUUCAAUUUUUUAUCGUUUGUCGUCGGAUAAUGAUGAUCUACCGGCGACUAGUCCACUAUGCGGAAAAUCUUCUGUAUUGGCUAGUCUUAAAAUAUUGGCCAAGCCUGGAUUAAUAUGUCAGUUGUUGAGAAUUAUUGAAGCUUUAAAAGAGUCUAAGACUCGUAUUUAUGAAUUGUUCAAUCAAAUUUGGACGUAUAUCUUUAAACCUUGGCUUAAAAAGGUCCCAUGUGUAUCCGGUUCAGAAAUGGGUUGGCCAGAGUUAAAGUGCCAAUUGAUUAAUCAAUCUCGGCAUGAUAAAUUAGAUAUCGACGUAUCAGUGAAUAGUACUGCUAGUAGCAGUAAUAAUCGUAAGAAGACAGCUUCUACCGCGGCGGCUAAUGACGAUGAUAACCGUGGUGUCUUAUGUUACUUCAAUCUACUGUUAAUAGCACCAAAUAUGAAUACUUCUACUGCUACUACUGCUACUACUAAUAUUAGUGAUGAAAGGAGUGCAGAAAGAGUCAAUAAUGAUAGUCAUAAUAGUCGUUCUCGUCGUAAGAGUACUGAUAUAAAAACACGCAGAGGCAGUCGAGGAGGCGUAGAAGGAAGACGAAGCGAAGGGGAAGACAAAGACGAAAAAGAAGCCGCUGCUAAGAAGUUGAUCAACAGUUCAUGUAAACAAUUGUCUAAUGCAUUUAGCGAUUUACAUAAGUAUUUCUUUGGUCUGAAAUUUAUUCAAUCAUCCAAUAAUACUAAUAAUAGAGAGGAAAAUGUCGGUAAAGGAGGAGUCCUCGAUGUCAACACUGAUAUUGAUGGUGAUGGGAAUGCAGAUGAUACAGCUAAACGUGUCAUUGACCUGCUAAUCAACAACAACACCAUCGAUAAUGAUAUCGAAAAUAGUCAGCCAAUUUGUUGUUUAUUCAGUCAUGAAUUAGUCAAUGAAUUAAUCAAUGGACGUUUCAAUGCUGAUGUGUUCUUCACAGAUCAUCACGGUGAUGAUGAUGAUGAUAAAUCGAUAAAUUUUGAGUCAAUGUCAGCAUCAAUUACUGACUCUGUGAGACAAUUGAUUCAUGUUGGAAUAAGUACAGGAUUUCUAUCAACAGAGAAACAACUUUCAUUGAAUAGUACUCAACAACAACAGCAAGUGUCAAGUUCUAAUAGUGGAGAAACAAAAUUAAGUGUUUGGCUUAACAAUCUCUCCUUGUUGAAGCAUAAACGUAAAGCAAGCUGUAUACUAGAGCAGCUGCGUCAAUUACUGGCUGAUCGUGAACUCUUCUAUUCAAUGUGUCGUCCAGCGAAUGAAAGCGUAAAAUGUGAGAAGAAGAGGGAGCAGGAGGAGAAGGAGGCGAAUCCUGCAGAUAUCGAUCAUAUUAAUGCUGGUGACGAUGAUGAUGAUGAAGGUAUCUUUGAAGAGGAAGAAUUCAUUCUCAGUGAUGCUGGUGAUAAUGAUAAUAAUAAUAAUAAUGGUCCACUGAAAUCACGAUCAUCAUCGGGUUUGAAUAGCGCGAGUAAAUAUGAGCAUAUUGUCUCUAGACUACUGAAAUCCAAGUGUAAUCUACGUGAUAUCUCGAGGCAUUUAGAUCUUGGACAAUUCGAUUUUCCUGACUGUAUGGUGUCGGAAACUGUCCUCCUAAUGAUGAAACAAGUCAAUGAUAUUCUCAAUAAUUGUAAUGUCUACCUUGUAGCCUUAGUGAAUGAAGUGAAUCAAUCGAAAGCAAAUAAUGUGUUGGAUUUAAAUACAAAGAAAACGAACACAAUAGCCUUUAUUGAAUUUAUAAUUAAAUUAAUUCCCCGGAUAUUUAUGCUAUUCACCUCACUGAUACCUACUUUACACGCGGAUGUUGCACAGACGGAUUUACGUUUUGCUGUUCUGUACUACAAUGACUGCAUGUAUUUAGCUCAUGAAUGUUUAACCCUGAGUGAACGUGGCCUGUACAAAUUUAUUCAAGAAUUUUUCGAUUUAGACUAUGAAACAAUAACCAAUGCUAAUGAUAUUGUUUAUGAUGAAAAUAUACUGGAAAGAUCAGCUGCAAUGAGUACUUGUAUUCUGGUACCACAUUUACGUCAAUCUGGUGUCAAUAGCUUAUUGUAUCAUUUAAGACGUGAACGACAACAUCUCCUAAGAUGCAUUGAAAGGACACAAGGAUUUCAUGAUGUCAGUUCAUCAUUCGGUUACAGUCGAUGUACUGCUUGUAUAGAUGAGUGUUGUCGUCAUUUGCUUAAAAUUGCUGAUGUUCUCGCCUCCCUACCACAUACGAUUUAUUAUCGUGCAUUAGGUAUCCUGUGUAAUUGUGUUUGUACAGAAUUAGUGAAGUGUAUACUGAAUUUAAUUGAUAUUACAAAAUCAGAUUGUGAUAAUAUACUGAUCUUAUUGGAUAAGAUUAGUAGCACUGUUAGAGAAUUGUUUGUGUCGGGUAACGAAAAAACUCAUCUGACUGUAGAAGCCUCAGUGAAUAAAUCAUCACAACAGGUAAGUCGGGGGUGGACUCAUUAA